CGGCCAUGCCAAGUGCAGUGUGGCUGGAGCAGGCCAACGCAGCACCAGUCUCGCCUCCGCGACGCCAGCCCCCACACACGGACUCACUCAGAUCAGAGAAGACUGGACAGCGCUAGGAGGACUCACGGUGUUGCGAGGACCCAUACAUAGCAUUCUGAGGACCCAUACAUAGGGCUUGGAGUAUUGCACCCGGAGCAUUAGAAUAUUUAAUAGAGGAUCUAAUUGGUGACUGCACUGACCACAUACAGAGAACGGUUUCCAGUGCAUCUUAUUGACUGCAUGUUGACCAUGCAGAUAGGACCAUACCUAGUGGUUGCCUCAUAAAGGACAGCAAUCAACACAGACCAUACUGACUGGACUAUUCCAUAGAGGACCCUAACUAGACAACCACACACAGAGGAUCAUCCAGAGUGGACAGGAGUCAGAUUGGGGACCAUACAUAACACGUUGAAGAGCACAUACAGCGUCGGGAGAACCCAAAGGACCAUACAGACCAUUGUGUUUAGGAGAUCUUCCUCUGAGUAUAAAGAAGAACAGAGGAACUCUAGAGGAACAUCCAAGGAGAGGACCAUCCAGGACUGUCGACAGAGGAGCAUCCACAGUGUGUCUGUCUUCAGGAGGAGCCUGGAGUCAUGCAUACCAUCCACGGGCUGUGUAGGGUCUGCAUCGCCGCUAGACUGCCUCAGGUGACCAUCCUUCGAGGAAAGGACGGCUAUGGCUUCACCAUCUGCUCUGACUCUCCAGUGAGAGUACAGGCCGUCGAUCCAGGUGGUCCGGCGGAUCAGGCAGGUCUGCAGCAGUUGGACACUGUGCUGCAGCUCAAUGGUCAGCCUGUAGAACAGUGGAAAUGUGUGGAGCUCGCCCAUGCCAUCAGAAACAGCACCAAUGAGAUCACAGUGGUGGUGUGGCGCACCGGGCCGGCCGCCAAGCCCAGUUUUGAGGGCCUCAUUCACCGGCCCUCCUACAAGCCCAACUACGACACCCCCUCACCCCCCACCAGGCGGAGGGACAGGUCCAAGGACCGGCUAGACCGUGACAAGAUCCCCCCGGCCGUGCCCCCCCUCCCUGCCCACCACAGGACCAGCCGCCGGGUGCUGGUCAACAGCUCUGAGGGGGGCGGCAGGGGAGGGGUAGGAGGAGUAGGGGGGCCGUGGGGGGAGAGGAGGUGCGUAGGAGGGGGGGCGGAGGAGGUGGAUGGUAAAGCCAGGAGCCAGACCCAUAGCCAGAGCCACACAGCCACGCUGAAGGGGACUAGAGUGAAGGCGUCCAACGGAGAUAACUACAUCAUCCUGGCCCCCAUAAACCCAGGAAGCCAGGUACUGCCGGGGGAGCAGAGGCUCAUGGUCCAUCCCAGGCUCCUGCCCUACCCCCUUGAUGGCACUAUCUAGACCCUGACAUACACUGGAGAUCUCAAUAUGUGCCAUUCAUACCUGCCAUAGAUCUGUGCCAAUCCUACCUACACUAUCUGCCAUUUAAAUCUGAGAUAUACCCUGCCAUUCUAACCUGAGAAAUAUCUGUGUAAUUCAAACUGACACGUGCAUUCUGUAAAUCACAUAUACUAUAUAUAGUAAAUAGUUAAAUAGGUAGUUGAAUGAGAAAUUGUGAAAAAAAGUAUACAACCAAGAGUUGAUUUGCUGCAAUAGUAAGUGGGCCACAGUUGGCCCAUAGGGUGUUCUAUCAAAUGAUGCACACUGUAACAUCCUGUGACAUGCUGUAUAUGAGGCAAUAGCUCUUUAUGAUAAAGACAUAAUAAAGUGUAACAAAUGGAAAAA